GAGAGAGAAGUGGCGGCGGCGUCUGGCUUUGUCUGGCCGCUAGGAAUCUAAGAGGAGAACUCCGAUGACCCGAAUAGCUGGAAUGUUGGAACUGAUUCCCGAAUCCCGCUACAGAUAAAGUGGGAGGUGUUGACUUAUAGCAGGUUUUAUUUCACAGUGGCUGUUUAUCUUCGGGACAAUCACAGAAGACACGCAGGCUUCGGGUGAUCGUAUUCCACCCGGGUCGAACGGGUAUAGCUUUAGCUGAGAGUCAGAAAUGUUUGGAUUUUGAUCGCAGUGGAGUUUAAGUGGCUUUCGAUCCCACACACGUUGGUUGGUGUCACCCAGCUGCCCACAAAAUUCCCAGGAGCAUCCCUGUGAAGAAGAGAACACUGAAUAUUUUGACUUCCUCAUCGCGAGAAACCGAGGAGAGCAGAUGGUGUGGGUAUUGUAGCAAGUUUGGAAAGAAAGGAAAGUGACAGUGAGAUAAGAUGGUAACCAGGGAGAGGCAUGAAUGUCCUGAGGAGCAACUCUGGGAUGAAGCACCUGCUGCAGGCAGCAAGUUCAUUCAGAAUGUGAAGAAGCACCAUCACAAACACAACUUGAAGCACAGGUACCAGAUCCUGGAAACCCUGGGCAGCGGAGCCUACGGCAAAGUCAAGAAAGCUCUGGAGAGAGUCACUGGAAGGACAGUAGCCAUUAAAUCUGUCCAAAUGGAUAAGGUUCAAAAAGAACUAGAUCGGAUCCAUAUUCAGCGGGAGAUAGAGAUCAUGUCAUCUCUUAACCACCCCAAUAUCAUAAGCAUUUAUGAAGUGUUUGAAAGUAAGGAUAAGAUUAUCAUUGUUAUGGACUACUGCAGCAAUGGUGAACUGUAUGAUUAUGUAAAUAAGCACCACAGACUCUCUGAGUGUGAAGCACGCAAAGCUUUCAGACAAAUUGUCUCUGCAAUUCACUACUGUCAUAAGAAAGGAGUUGUGCACCGUGACCUGAAACUAGAGAACAUUCUCCUGGAUGAAAACUUUAAUGUGAAGCUUGCUGACUUUGGCUUGUCAACCUUGUACCACAAGGAUCAUCUUUUGGAGACAUACUGUGGAAGUCCCCUUUAUGCUUCACCAGAAAUUGUGAAUGGAUUUCCAUAUCAUGGACCUGAGGUUGAUUGCUGGGCCUUAGGAGUUCUGUUGUAUACGCUGGUGUAUGGAACAAUGCCGUUUGACAGUCAAUGUUACAAAACUUUAACACAGCAGAUCAACCUUGGAGAAUACAGGAAACCUCCACAGACCUCUGGUGCCCAUGGCCUAAUUGAUUGGAUGUUGAUGGUGAAUCCACGGAAACGUGCAACAAUUGAAGAUAUUGCAAACCACUGGUGGGUCAACUGGGGUUAUGACACACCAGUUUGUGAUGGUGUUCCUGAAAGCAAUUGUCACUCACCCCUACUGGUUCGUUAUAUUGAUUGGCAAAACAGAGAUGGAUAUUCAAGUCAAGAGAAGAAGGAAACUGCAGAGUUCCCAGGAGUUGAAAAUUCUGUGCAUAAGUCUCCUAAAGCAGAAAUUAGGCAAGAGGCUUGUUUAAAGAAGUCAAAAAAAGAAAAUGAUAUCAUACACCCACAAUAUGAUGCAAAACUGCAAAAGAUAACUUCCAAGGAUACAGGUAAAAAGCCAAAGGGAAUUUUGAAAACCAGGGCCAGCUUUGAUAGUGAUUUUUCAACUACAGUCACAGAUACACAUUCACAAUGGAUUGAAACCAAAACAAUGACUGCAAAACCUGGAAACACCUUUUACAAUCUAUACUCAAUACCAACUAACCUAUACACCAGCAUGCCACUCAAAGGAAUCCUGAAGAACUCAUGCCAAAGAGAAUCUGGCUAUUCUUCUUCUCCAGAAAACAUUGAAUCAAUGGACAGGGAUACAGCUGUCAUUCCCUCAAAACCAAGUCAUAAACAGUCAGACAUCGUUGCAGGGGAGGUUGCAUGCAGAAAAAAAGGAAUUCUAAAACAGAAUGGAAAAUUUUCUAUCAGCCUUGAUCUACCUAAUGAUUGUUCAUCAUUCAAGCUUUCUGAUUCUUUGAAUGACCUCAUCCUAGCUAGUGGAAGGCAAAGCAUGAGUCGCCCCUCCAGUGUAAUUAGUGAUGACAGCAUACUUUCUACUGACUCAUCUGAUUUCCUAGAUCCCACAGCAGAAGGCAAAAGGUUAUUUUCACAAAGCAAACAAAGCAGUUUAGGUUCAGAAGAUGGCCUGCUGGAGUUGGAUAAGAUGGAAGCAGAGCCACAAACUGCCUAAAAUGUAAGGUCUGACAAUGUUAGCAUGGGGAAAAUUUUUCCAUAUAGGUAUAUGAAGAUGUAUGUUUAUGGUAAGAGCAAAAAAAAACCUGUAAUCAUUUGAAGGAAAAAGUCAUGACUUAUGAAUAGUCCUCUGCACAAAUUGUACCCUAACUUUAUUCAAACUAAACUAACUUGAAGAAAAUGCUAUUAAUUAGAUUUACUAUGAACAAUAUGUAUAGACAAAAUAACUUAUUGGCAUUUAUAUAUAUAUAUCAUGAGGUGAUUCACUAGCAAAACUGUACUUACGUUAGUGACAAGGUUAUUAUGCUAAAAAAAUUCUGUAUUUUAUCUGCAUGCAUGAUUUGUUGGGGUAAGAUUCAUCAUAAGACCAUAAGAUACAGGAGCAGAAGUAGGCCAUUCAGCCCAUCAAGUCUGCUCCACCAUUCAAUCAUGGACUGAUCCAAUUUUUCCAGUUAUCCCCACUCCCCUGCUCUCACCCCAUAACCUUUGAUGCCCUGGCUAAUCAAGAACCUAUCUAUCUCUGCCUUAAAUACACCCAAUGACUUGGCCUCCACAGCCAGUCGUGACAAUAAAUUCCACAGAUUUACCACUGUCUGACUGAAAUAAUUUCUCUGCAUCUCCAUUCUAAAAGGACAUCCUUCAAUCCUGAAGUCAUGCCCUCUUGUCCUAGAAUCCCCUACCAUGGGAAAUAACUUUGCCAUAUCUAAUCUGUUCAGGCCUUUUAACAUUUGGAAUGUUUCUAUGAGACCCCCCCUCAUUCUCCUGAACUCCAGGGAAUACAGCCCAAGAGCUGCCAGACGUUCCUCAUAUGGUAACCCUUUCAUUCCUGGAAUCAUUAUCGUGAACCUUUUCUGGACCCUCUCCAAUGUCGGUAUAUCCUUUCUAAAAUAAGGAGCCCAAACCUGGACACAAAACUCCAAGUGUGGUCUCACUAGUGCUGUAUAGUGAUUACAGGGACCUUCUAAUUAGUUAUGAGAAUCAUCCCAGAUUGUAUCUUUUUUUAAAGCAUUGCACAAAGUACUGGAUAACAGUAUAUCAUGAAAUUGUAUUAUGCAAAUUGACAGUUUGUUAACAAUAUAUGUGUGUAGCAGUGUUAAAGAUGUAAAAUUGUAAAGUAUAUGAUCAGACAGAGAAUUUAGUAAACAAA